CACCAACCCACCUAAAUUCCAAAUACCUAUGUCUCUCUCUUAUAUUCAAUUUCCAACUCCACAAAGAGUAACAGUCAACAACGCCACACCACCUACCUCCCAAACCCAUCCCUCUCUCUCUCUCACUCACUUAAAUUGUUUUCUUUUUGUAGGGGGCAACACAGUUUGAUUUUCGUUUGUGAUCUGAUUUGAUUAAUCUUUCAAAAACAAUGGGUGGUGAUGAUAAGGUGGUUUUCACUUUAGCACAAGUUUCUGAACACAAUCAGCCUAAAGAUUGUUGGCUUAUCAUUGGUGGCAAGGUGUACGAUGUGACCAAAUUUAUGGAAGAUCACCCUGGUGGUGAUGAGGUUCUCUUGUCAGCUACAGGAAAAGACGCAACCGAUGAUUUCGAGGAUGUUGGCCACAGUACUAGUGCUAGAGCAAUGAUGGAUGAAUACUUAGUUGGGGAGGUUGACAUGGAUACAGUCCCGAUUAAGCAGAAAUAUACUCCUCCAAAGCAGCCUCAGUACAACCAAGACAAGACCUCAGAGUUCAUCAUCAAGCUACUCCAAUUCCUUGUCCCGUUGGCAAUCUUGGGGUUGGCAGUCGGUAUCCGAUUCUACACCAAAUCAGCCUAAACAAUCAAGUUUCAUCAUUAAUGAGCUUCAUAGAAAAGAAUAUAAGUCUAUUAUGUUAUUGAUAUCAUUUUAGUCUUGUCUUUAUUAUGGUGCUGCCAAUGCCAUUACUAGUUGGGAUUGACAAGUGAGUAGUUAAAUUGCUGUCGAAGUUCAAAAACUUGUUUGCAGUUUGAUUUAAUGGUUUGUAUAACACCAAGGCCUAAUAACUCAUUUGGUACGUUUCACUUUUUCCAUAUUGAGUUGGGAAAUAAAUUUGUUUCUACUUGGAAAGAAAAUGAAAAUAAUCAAAAUUAAAACCCA